UGAGCCAUUCCCUCGUUGCGAGCGCGACGCGACGCGUCUUGCCACAAACAAUGCGGAUCGAAGAACUCGUCCUCGAAGGAUUUAAGUCAUACCCGGUUCGCACCCAGAUAACGGGCUGGGAUCCCUCAUUCAACGCCAUAACGGGCCUCAAUGGCUCUGGCAAGUCAAAUAUCCUUGACGCGAUAUGUUUCGUGCUUGGAAUUACGAACAUGUCGUCCAUGCGUGCCCAGAACCAACAGGAUCUCAUAUACAAGAGGGGGCAGGCUGGUGUGACGAAAGCAAGCGUGACGAUAGUGUUCGACAAUUCAGAUAGAUCUACCAGUCCUGUUGGGUUGGAAAAUUGUAAACAAAUUACAGUGACUCGACAGAUCGCCCUGCCGAACAUAUCGAAAUACCUACUCAAUGGUCAUAAAUCCACUCAACAUACGAUUCAAACUCUCUUCCAAAGUGUUCAGUUGAAUAUCAACAAUCCCAACUUUUUGAUCAUGCAAGGGCGAAUCACGAAGGUAUUGAACAUGAGGCCCCAAGAGAUUUUGGGUAUGGUGGAGGAAGCCGCCGGUACUCGCAUGUUUGAGGAAAGGAAAGACAAGGCGAAGAAGACGAUGGGGAAGAAGGAUAAACGCGUCCAGGAGAUUACCUCACUCCUUGUUGAGGAGAUUACUCCAAAACUCGACACCCUCCGUGAAGAGAAGCGCGCCUUUCUUCAAUGGCAGAAAUCUUGCUCUGAGCUGGAACGUAUCGGACGCGUUCUUCGAGCCUGGGAAUGGACAGAGGCUCAGGAGCGGGUUGACCAGAAGAAGGCCGAGGUGGAAGAGAAGGAGAAAGAAGUCAACAGGGCUCGGAAGGGUAAGGCAAAGUGCCUGAAAGAGAUUGAGGCUGCCGAGAGGGAUGCAGAAUCUGUGGUAACUCAACGAGACAAGGAACUGAAAAAGGGCGGGAAGUACAAGAAAUUGGAAGAAGACGUGGGCGAGCUGGAGAAGGCUGUGGUCAAGAUCAAGACACAGGUCGACCUAAAGAAAAGCACGAUCGAAGACGAGGUGAAGAAGACUCAAGAACUCGAAGAUGAACUGAAAGAGACAGAUGGUCUUCUGGCAGACAAACGCAUACAGGUCAACGAGCUCACCGCCUCCCAUGCUGCCGUCAAGGAGAAACAUGCAGAACUUCAGACCGCUCUUAACUCAUCUGAGGAGCUCCUGCAGACUCUACUCACUGGACUUUCAUCUCGGAAGGACGGUCAGACUGGCGGGGGUUACAUGGGUCAAUUGGCUGAAGCCAAAGCUCGUUUGGCCCAAGGUACCGCAGAGGAAGAGCAAAGCCGAGUGAAGCUAGGCAUGAGCGAAAGGGAGCUUAAAGCAUUACAGGCGAGGUGGAAAGAAGUGGAACGGGAAGCUGGCGAAGGUCGAAGACAACUAGAUGUAAUGCAGGCAGAGGUCGCCAAGUUCAGGAAGAAGAUCUCCGAAAGUGGAUGGAGUGCUGAAAAAGAGCAAGACAUUGAAACUGCACUCCGAAAUGCCAGGGCGGAAGUUCGCCACUUAACGGAGCAACGCGAUGGCGUGAAACAACGCCUCUCUUUCCUUGAUUUCAACUAUUCAACACCAUCUCCCAGCUUCGAUAGGACAAAGGUGAAAGGGCUUGUGGCCUCGCUGAUUUCACUCGAUCAGCCAAAUUAUAACAAAUCCACUGCACUUGAAAUCACAGCUGGUGGCAGGCUGUACAAUGUCGUUGUAGAGAAUGAACUCGUCGGCAAGGAGCUCCUUCAGAAUGGCCGUCUGAAGAAACGAGUUACCAUCAUUCCUCUCAACAAGAUUAAUGCUUCAAAAAUGGCUCCUCAGAAACUGCAAGCUGCUCAACGACUCGCUCCCGGAAAAGUGCACCUUGCGCUUUCCCUUGUCGGGUACCCGCAGGAAGUAGCGAACGCUAUGACAUACGUCUUUGGAGAAACUCUCAUCUGUGACGACGCCGAAUCCGCCAAGCUUGUUACGUUUGCUCCACAAGUGGGAGCGAAGUCCGUAACUUUGGAUGGAGAUGUGUAUGACCCAUCUGGUACGCUCAGCGGCGGUUCUGCGCCAAGCAGUAAUGGCGUUCUUGUCAAAGUGCAGGAGAUUCUGGAGGUCGAGGGGCGGUUAGGCGAGGCUCGCGGACGUCUUGAGGUCCUCGAAAGAAAUUACGAAACAGAACGCGAAGGUAGGGAGAGGUGGAAGAAGAUGGCGAAGGAGCUUGACAUCAAAGAGCACGAAAUGAAACUCUUGGAGGAGCAAGUAGGAGGAAGCAAUGCAGCUCGCAUCGGUGCCGAAGUCGAAGCCAUGAAGCAGACCAUCGAAGACCUCAAAACAGCUGUGCAGAAUGCCAAGGACAAGCAGAAGGCCGCGAAGGAGGAGUGCAAAAAGCUCGAGAAGGACAUGGACGAGUUUAAGAACAACAAAGAAGGCAAGAUUGAUGAACUCAAGGCCGAUGUCAUGAAGCAAAAGGCUGCACUCCAGAAGCACUCUGUUCUAGUCAAGACACAGCAGAAAGAGGUCCAUACCGCAACUCUUGAACUGGAGCAAAUGGACAAAGAUAUCGAGUCUACGAAGGGCACCCUUGCUUCAGCUAAUGCCGGAAUUGAAAAACUUCAAAAGGAGUUGAACAAGCUCGAGGAACACAUGGUCUCCAAAGAGAAUGAAUUCGCAAAAGCCGAACAGAAACUAGCUGAGGAGCGUGCUACUCUUACACGAUUCGACAACGAGCUCAAGGAAUUGGAACGUGCGAUCAAAGACAAGAAACAGGCUAUUUCUGAUGCGGACCUGCACAUCAAGCAACUGGAGCAUGACGUUCAAAGCCUUAGCAAAGAGCAGACGGCCGCCGUAAACUUCAUAGCUAGUUUGGAGAAGCAGUACGAUUGGAUUGUCGAAGAGCAUGAGUCGUUUGGACAACCUGGAGGACAGUACGACUUUAGCUUAGUGGAUGUUGGUCGUCUUAAGGAGAAGGCACGCGAACUUGAAGCGCAACAAAAGGGUAUGAAGAAGAAGAUCAACCCCAAGGUCAUCAAUAUGAUCGAUAGCGUCGAAAAGAAAGAGGCCUCGCUGAAGAAGAUGCUGGCCACCGUUUUGAAAGAUAAGGAGAAGAUCGAACAGACGAUCGACGAGCUGGAUCGAUACAAGCUUGAUGCUCUUGAGAAGACAUGGUCGAAGGUCAACGGGGACUUCGGUGGAAUCUUCGCUGAAUUGCUACCGGGCAACUUUGCCAAGCUGCAACCACCUGAAGGCCAAGACCUCACACAAGGUCUCGAGGUCAAAGUUCAGCUUGGCUCCGUGUGGAAACAGAGUUUGACGGAGCUCAGUGGCGGACAACGGUACAUAUCUCGGAUAUCUCUGUGGUGCCCUAUCGCUGACUCCGCCGGCAUCCCCUUGCUAGCUCUCUUAUCGCAUUGUCUUUGAUCAUGUCCCUCCUCCAGUUCAAACCGGCGCCCAUGUACAUUCUGGAUGAGAUUGAUGCGGCGCUGGAUCUCUCUCAUACCCAACAUAUUGGACAGCUCUUCCGAACGCGCUUCAAAGGCUCACAGUUUAUUGUUGUUAGCUUGAAGGAAGGCUUGUUCACCAACGCCAAUGUUCUAUUCCGAACGCGCUUCAGAGAUGGAACUUCCGUCGUGGAGCGAACCGCUCAACGAAGUACUAGCUCGCUGUAUGAAAAGGAGAACGACAAUGACAGUCGUGCACGACGGAGGGCUGUAUCAUAGAGGGAUUAAUCAUAGUUAGUUUCUGUGUACUUGCAGGUGAUCCGUAUGUUCUAUUAUGCUUGUCUCUCUCGCUACUUUCAUCGUUAUAUUGAUAGAAUUUGUGUCUGUAUCAAUACAAUAGAUUAUGCAAUGGAAUGGGUGUCAAAACUCGUAAAAGAAUUUUUCUUCAUUACUUACUUGCUGCCGUUCCUGAAACACAGCAUGUCUUCCCAGUGACAUAAUAAGUAUGUCGGCGGCGCUGAUGCAAAUAAAAGCAUAAUUCCCUGGA